AGUAUAAGGUUAGUUUUAAUUAUGCAUAUGACCUUUUGGUGGGACACAAAUAUACCUGAUCUUUUAUUUUAUGGCUGUAACAUUUCUUCGAAAGGUUGGCUAACAUUGACUUGCUUAAUAUUGAUAGCUUUAGGCAUUCUUUUCGAAUGGCUAAAGUUGCUUCAAGCAAAACAAAAGCAAAGGGAGUUAAUAAUACGUGCCCGACAAAUUCGCACAGUAUGUCCUUCAAGUGAAACUUCGACACUAAUUUCUCAUGGAGAAGGUACAAACUCACAAAAACCGAGUUUAUUUGUAAGGACAAAGUUGCUGUUCUGUGAUGCCUGCCUGUGGAUCAAUAUACAUGUAUUGGGCUAUAUUUUGAUGUUGGUUAUUAUGGUAUACAACGGAUGGUUAAUCAUUUCUCUACUAAUUGGCAGCGGAAUAGGAUAUUUCCUUUUCGGAACGCAAUUCAUAAAAAUAACCAUGCAAAACUUUCAAACCGUUCGUGAUACUUUCUGCUAUAUGAACUGUGCCGAAGCAGACUUGACAAAUGAAACUGAACCAAUCGUAGAACCCUCCAGUUCACAUUGUUCGUCAACUUCUCACGGUCACACAGAAGGAACUGUAGUGGUGUGUGUCCAUCCUGAGCCUACGUGAUAUUUUAUUAUUUAAGAAUAUACUAUUAUUUGUUGCCAAUUUUGACAAAAUAAAGAUUUUAAGGAUACCCAA